CUAUAAUGGCAGACUUGUGUGUUAACUUUUUUUAACAUCAUCUCUUUGUAAUAUACUCUGAAAAUUAAGAAAAAGCAUAAGAAGCUACAAAAAUGGUGUCAUUUAAAAAGAAAUUACCAUUUAUUGUGAUAUCGUCUUCUAUCCUUCAUCUUCCAUUUUGUAGUUGCUCACCCCUUAGAGAAGCACUCCCAGCUUUCAAUCACUUCAAACAUGAUAAUCUCAAUUCUCAAUUAAGCCCAAAGAUGGUAUAUGAAGUAACAAUACAUGGGGUUCUUCUAUGGGCAUCCAUGGGAUUCCUUAUGCCUUUAGGGAUACUCAUCAUCAGAUUUUCCGGUAGAGAGCAGUCUACUACUCGACUCAAACUCUCUUUUUAUUUCCAUCUCAUUGUACAGAUGUUGUCAGUAUCAGUUGCCACGAUGGGAGCAAUUAUGUCAAUCAAAACUUUCGAGAAUUCUUUUAACAACAACCAUCAAAGAAUUGGUUUAGCACUUUAUGGAGCCAUUUGGGUUCAAGCUAUCAUUGGUUUUUGUAGACCACUUAGAGGAAGCAAGAAAAGGAGCAUAUGGUAUUUCCUUCAUUGGGUAAUAGGAACAAUAAUAUGCAUAGUGGGAAUUUUGAAUAUAUAUACAGGAUUAGAAGCUUAUAAGAAAAGAACAAAAAGAAGUGUGACUCUUUGGAAGGUUCUAUUCACAGCAGAAAUAUGUUCCAUGGCUUUCUUUUAUCUUUUUCAAGAUAAAUGGGAUUACAUGCAAAAGCAAGGUCCUUGUUUAAGGGAUAAUGGUGGUCAAGUUAGUCCUUCUGAUGAUCCUGAAAGCUCUAUUAAUGAUAAAGAUUUGUGGAGGGAGCCUUGUUCUAAAGUCAAUGCCCUUAAAAAUUUGUUUAAUUAAUUAUUAUUAUUAUUCGACAGUCUGUUUUAUUUAUUUUGCUUUUUUUAUUUUCUGAGGUAAAAUUUUUAGGAGAUAAAGUAGUAAAAUGGAUAAAACGGAAGAAUGUUAAUUAAACAUAAUAAAAAUUGUUUAUUUUUAAAACAAACCUUUUAAUUUAUAAAUCUUGAUUUAAAGAUGAAGAAAAUGUGUAAUAUUAGGAGUGGAAGUAUUUGGUAAUUAAUUUAGUGAAUUUUUAUUUUAUUUUAUUUUAUUUUAUUUUAUUUAUUUAUUUUUUUUUGGAGAAGUAUUGUCAAGGAAAAUUUGUAUCACUUAGCAUAGAAAAUUUUCUAGAUAUAAUAUUAAUGGUUAUGGGGAAAAUCAAUAUAUGACUUCCCUUCACGAUAUGAUUGUUGAAAGUGUUUAGUUGAUGAGGAUUACUCAAUUACUCAUCAAUAUGUUUUAUUUGUAAUUUUUUACUAAAAUAAUUAUUGUUGCUUGAGAGUUUUGUUAAUUUUGUAUAAUAGGAUCAAUGAAAUGCAUACAUUUGGUU